CCCCUGUGGUGUUGGCGUGAUUAAUGUGUCCGCUCCGUCCCGUGGAAGCCUUUAAAAGCAGCCGCUGCUCAUCGGUUUUACGUUGAGCCGACAUCAUGGUGCCAGACAGAGACGUUCUCGUGACUGCUGCCGUUUUCCUUUUCGCCCUCAUUCCACACAGUGAAGCCAUCGUCGGAGGCAGAGAGGCGGCGCCUCACUCUCGGCCCUACAUGGCCUCCAUCCAGGUGCCAGAAGGAGAGGAGAUGAAGCACGAGUGUGGAGGGUUUGUGAUCGCCGAUCAGUGGGUGAUGACUGCCGUCCACUGCCUGCCGACGGGGCCGAACGGAAGGAAGGUGGUGCUGGGAGUCCAUUCGCUCAGUGAGCCCGAAGACACCAAGCAGACAUUUGAUAUUCUGGAACUUCACAAUCACCCUGACUUCCAAGAGUCAAAUUACGAUAAUGACAUUGCUUUAAUUAAGCUGGAUCGUCCGUUCAGCGCGUCUGAAGCUGUCAAAGCGGUGGAAUUCCUGAGAGCGGGCGGCACCAACCCUGUGACGGAUGCCCAGGUGGAGACGGCCGGGUGGGGGUCCCUGGAUAACCUGGGGUCCAGACCGGACAAGCUGAAAGAGGUGGUCGUUGACGUGUUCAACCCGGAUCUCUGCGGACGCAGCGACUACUACGGGGAGAAGUUCACCAGCAACAUGAUGUGCGCGCACAGAGUUUGCCCCCGACCCUGCAGGAAACCGCAGAGGAAGGAGGACAGCUGUGAUGGCGACUCUGGGGGGCCUCUGCUCCACAACGGCAUCGCGGUGGGCAUCACGUCCAACGGAGGGCAGAAGUGUGGGCAGGUCAAAAAGCCUGGAGUUUACACAAUCAUCUCCCGGUACAGCGAGUGGAUCGACAGCACCAUGGCGCCGCAGGCCGAGCCGACACCGGAGCAGAGCCAGUGAAGGACGCCCGCCGCGUUCAGGUCCACCUAACGGCGUCUAGCACGGGGACAUACUACCCCCAACUGCACGGACAUGUAGCCAUCACCUUCAAUGAAACACGGCGCAUCGCAUUCAGCUGUCCGUUCUCAGUUGUUUACUGCACAAUAAAGAAUACAACUGUUAUGUAGUAAUAGUAGUAAUGCAAAUAAAACAAAAUGAACAUCUUUUUAUUCAGGAAUUUAUUUUACUUGCAACAAACAAAACAAAACUUUUUGGAUGCAGUGUUGCAUUGUAGUAUUGUGCAUGAGACCAUCACUGGUGUGUGCAGGAUAAACAUUAUAGCACAGUUGUAGUUUCACCUUCACAUGAUUUAAUAAAACAACUUUCAGACAAACAA